AUGGCGACCAGCGGCAGUGGCGGCGGGGUGGGAGCCGGAUCCAACGGGGGUUAUGUAGGUGAUCCGAAUUUGAUGACCGCUGAACUUGACCACAUGAUGGCAUCGUACACACAGCAGAUGCCGACCUAUCCCGCGACCAUGAAUGGUCAUGGCGUGACGUCGCAUGGGUUGUCGGCAGCCGACAUGUCGGGCUUGGACAUGGGCAUGGGCCUCAAUGUGGGCAUGAACCUUGGUGGGGCAAUGUCGAGCGCCAGCAGCUAUCCUUCUUCCAUUCUGGGCGUGAAUGGCUUGGCCACCAGUCUAGCCGACACGCCAUCCGCUUUUCCCAUGUCUUUUGCCACCGGCAUGUCCUCUGCCUCCUCUCACCCUUCCUUGGCCGGCAUGGCCAUGGGCAGCGAGGCUGCACCCGUGUAUGCCCCUAAGGAGGCCUCGUUUGCCUCUCACCAGCCUCACAUGUCCGCGUACUCGGCACCCAACGCAUUGCACCACCUUUUGCACCAGCAAGAACACACGACACAAGACCCGCGGGCCGAGCAAGGACACCACCAGCUGACCACCCAUCAGCAACUUCUUCCCCGUGACCAUUCAAUGCUGCACGCACUUCACGGUACACCUUUGCAGCAUGCCCAAAGUCUUGAACACCAACUACAGAGACACCAUGCACCACACGUCUCCAUGCACGCUGCGCUUCUUGGGCAAGCGGUGUCACAAGCCCCACAUCACCCAACAACGAGCAUGUCCAUGGCCAGUGAUGACCCACCAGGCUGGCCGUCAAUGCUGAUGGGGGCCUCGAGCACCUCGCUCUCUUCCGCCGCUGCGGCGGGGCCCCUCACCAGUUUGGCCUCGGCCAACAUGAACCCAUUCACCGACGAUCUUGGCACACACCCAUAUGCUUUGGGGGGUAGCGUGGCAAGUCUCGCCAACGCAGAUGAAACUCAUUUAUCAAAUCCAAACUCCGUCCUCUCCCCGACCUCAGGAGAACAAGAGUUGCAGCCACAAACAUCGGCCGCUGCGACAGCCAAAGCAGACUGGGGUAUCCCGCCCAACUCAAUUCACGACCCGCAACGCCGAGUAUCACAGGAAACACUGGAAGCCGCAGUCAAUGUUCUCAAGGGUGCUGGGGCUGCCUCGGAAGAUGGCGUAUGCCCGGUCUGCUCACGCCUCUUUACACGCCGCCACAACAUUCGCCGCCACAUCUCACGAGCCCACCCGGCAGCCUACGCCCAGCUGGAAGCCUAUGAACGCGAGCUUGAGGAAAAGGAGGCUUUACAGCCACAGUUGCAGAACGAAAACUCAAACGCCGCCGAUCAAGACAAAUCUGUCGUGAUGCAAACUCCGGGCAUUGCCACCACUGCCACCAGCACCCCCCCUACAUCCACCACCCGCCCAACACGCACGAGUCACGAGCUUACGCGAAGAAAAAGUCAGACUGUGGACGGCAAUGUUGCCGCUGCUGGCACUUCCAAGUCCUCGCGCAACGCAGCGUCCAAUCUGGCCGCCAAGCGUAGCGCCAGCGAUUCGCGCACUGACGGGCGGAGUCGCAGAAAAACGGCCUCCAACUCCCUGGAGAGCCCCGCUCCUUCGCCCGCCCCAGUUGCUGAAUCAGGAACACCGGCAUCUGACUCUACACGAGAUAGCACGACCACCGCCCGCCCACUCAAGCGCAGUCGCCGCAUGGAUGAAACACAGCUUGGCACCAUCGCUGAUAUGUUCAAGUUCGUUUUACGCCCGACGCACACUUUGACAGUCGCUCUCCGAUCAUGGGGUGCUUGUUGUCCACUCAGUAUCACUUUCUUGCGUUUUAUCAAGCUGCGCCGAGCUGAGGCUGAAGCCCGCCAAUCCUCAGCCGAAAACGAGUUGACAAGCGUGCGCACACAGACAGCACGCCUACGGCGCCUCAAGGCACAACUACGAGCGCUGGACUACACCUUGUCCAGUCAUGCAUCGGCCGGAACUGAACCGGAUGAGGCCGAGGUCAAGGCCAUGCAAAGCAAGCUGGAAUCGAUGCCAAUGUGA